AUCCCCGGCCCGGCCUCGGGUCUGCAGAGGGGAGGGGGACGGUGGGCCCCCUAGUCAGCCUCGAGGGGGCGGCGGGACCCGCUCUCCAGUCGUCCCCGUCAGGGGCGGCGGGACCUCCAGGUCUGCCCCUCGGGAAUGACGGACCUCCGCCCCUUUCAGUCCCAGUCGGCCGGUCGGGCCAGCAGGGCCCCUUCUCCGGUCGGCCUCGCCGGUGCGGGGUGGGGGGUGGCCCCCUAGGCCGGCCUCUCGGGAGCGGCGGGCCCCCCCGGGUGAGAUCCCCGGGAGCGGCGGGCCCCCUGGGUCGGCGGCCGGGGCGGGUGGGGGCCGCCGCCUGACUGGGCCGCAUCGUUGCAGGUGUGCGGUUCCCGCCGGAUCCCCCUCGCGCCGGGUGCGGGGCGAUGCCCGGGCCCGGGUGCCCCCAGUGGACAUGGAAGAGGCCCCUCUGCUGGGCGGCAUGUGCAGCCCCGAGGACGAGAUGGUGACAGACCUUUUCAGCGCCGAGAGUCAGUUUGUUCCUGAAAACCUUCCCCUGAAAACCCCGGUGUCGGUGAAGCACGAGGCAGACGAGUUCCACGUCUUCAAAGACGCGUACCUGGGCUCCGCGGACCCCAAAGAGCCCCUGCUGCACGCCUUCAACGCCCCGCUCGACGGGGACUGCAAGGGCAAAGUCAAAGUGGAGCUGCUGGUGGAUGAGAACGGAGAUGAGGAAACGCGCGGGGAGUUCCCGAGUCUUCCCAAGCUCAAUCCCCUGGAAGACGCCGUUCUUCCCGCCGCCCAGCAGCCGCAAGCCUACAACCUCUACUUCCUGUCCUCCCUGCUGACCCCGCACAGGAGUCCUGCCGUCGGGCCCCUGGGCACCUGGGCCAGGGAAGGAGCCGCCCACCCCGGCGUCCGCGUGAUUCCAGUUGAAAUCAAGGAAGCAGGUGGUACUAUCGCAAGUAACAAUCUGGAGGAAGCAACUUUUCAGAGCCUUCCGGCCCAGGAGUCCUGUUGCAAGUUCCCAACAGCACAAGAAGCAGAGGAUGCCUCUGGGGGCUCUCAUAAGAAAGACUCUAACCCAAUGGUGAUAUAUCAGUUGAAAGGGGGUACACAAAUGCUGUGUGUAGACAAUUGUGGCACAAGAGAACUAAAAGCACUUCAUUUGGUUCCUCAGUAUCAAGACCAAAAUAAUUAUCUACAGUCAGAUGUCCCUAAACCCAUGACUACUUUAGUAGGAAGAUUUUUGCCAGUACCAGCAAAUUUAAAUCUCAUUACACAACAACUUGAUAAUGGAGCCUUACCAUCCGUAGUCAACGGGUCUGCUUUCCCUUUGGGAUCAACUCCUCCAGGACCACCAAAAAUGACUUCGGCUAGGUACUGUGAUUGCUUUGCAAGCGGGGACUUUUGCAACAAGUGCAAUUGUAAUAAUUGUUGCAACAAUUUACAUCAUGACAUGGAACGGUUUGAGGCCAUUAAGGCAUGUCUUGAUAGAAAUCCGGAAGCUUUCCAACAAAAAAUUGGGAAAGGACAAUUGGGAGACGUUAAGCCUCGACACAGCAAAGGAUGUAAUUGCAAGAAGUCAGGCUGCCUUAAGAAUUACUGUGAAUGCUUUGAGGCCAAAAUUAUGUGUUCUUCUAUUUGCAAAUGCAUCGAUUGCAAAAAUUAUGAAGAAAGCCCAGAACGAAAAACACUAAUGAACAUGCCAAACUAUAUGGAAAUCGGAGGUUUUGAAGGCGGCCAUCAUUUGUCAACAACUAAAUUUUCAGGACUACCAAAAUUCAGAAAAGAUAGGCAGUCAUCCUCAUGCAUCUCCUGGGAGGUGGUGGAAGCCACGUGCGCCUGCCUGCUGGCUCAGGGCGAAGAGGCCGAGAAGGAGCACUGCUCUGAGAGCUUGGCAGAGCAGAUGAUCUUAGAGGAAUUCGGGAGAUGCUUGUCGCAGAUUCUCCAUAUUGAGUUUAAAUCCAAAGGGUUGAAAAUUGAGUCAAGUACAACGUGGUGAAAUGUGCAUGCAUGUAGAUUUUGUCUCCAUAUUCUGCAGGAAAACUCGUUUAGAAAAGUUGUUUUAAGGACCAUGAGGCCAGGUUUACACCAACAGCUUCAUCAUUAAAAUCAAGCUUUCCCUCUGCAUCAGGGCACCAAGGGGUUACUCAGAGUCUCUGAGGGAUUUGGCGAUUAAAACCCUCCCUCCGUUUUUGAGGAGGUGCAUGACAUAACUGCUGUUGUCUGGACCCGAGGAGAGAGCAUGUGUUCCUGUGAUCCCGGGAGAAUUGUCUGCACUGACACUGAGUCAUGGAGGGUGGAAGCAGGCCCUGGAGAGAAGUAAAAGUCAUUCCUAUUGACUUCACCCUCUCCCGGGAAUUUCUUCCUCUGGCGGGUUCUCUGCAUAAAAAGCCAUAAUGAUUUUCCCCUAAAUUGUUU